GCCCCCCAAAGAGCCGCGCAGCGCAAAGUUAGCCCGGCGCCCCGGCCGGCCCUGGACCCCGCCUCGGCCAUGGGCGAGCACCCCAGCCCCGGCCCCGCAGUGGCCGCCUGCGCCGAGGCGGAGCGCAUCGAGGAGCUGGAGCCCGAGGCCGAGGGGCGGCCGCCCGCGGCGCCGGAGGACCACUGGAAAGUCCUGUUUGAUCAGUUUGACCCUGGCAACACAGGCUAUAUCAGCACAGGCAAGUUCCGGAGCCUCCUGGAGAGCCACAGCUCCAACCUGGACCCGCACAAACGGGAGGUGCUCCUGGCUCUGGCUGACAGCCACGAGGAUGGGCAGAUCUGCUACCAGGACUUUGUCAACCUGAUGAGCAACAAGCGCUCCAACAGCUUCCGCCAGGCCAUCCUGCAGGGCAACCGCAGACUGAGCAGCAAGGCCCUGCUGGAGGAGAAAGGGCUGAGCCUGUCACAGCGCCUAAUCCGUCACGUGGCCUAUGAGACCCUGCCCCGGGAGAUUGACCGCAAGUGGUACUACGACAGCUACACCUGCUGCCCACCACCCUGGUUCAUGAUCACUAUCACACUGCUGGAGAUUGCCUUUUUCCUCUACAACGGGGUGUCACUGGGUCAGUUUGUGCUGCAGGUGACCCAUCCACGCUACCUGAAGAAUUCUCUGGUUUACCACCCCCAGCUCCGAGUGCAGGCUUGGCGCUACCUGACGUACAUCUUCAUGCACGCCGGGAUAGAACACCUGGGACUCAAUGUGGUGCUACAGCUGCUGGUGGGGGUACCCCUGGAGAUGGUGCAUGGAGCCACCCGCAUCGGGCUUGUCUACGUGGCUGGUGUUGUAGCAGGGUCCUUGGCUGUGUCUGUGGCGGACAUGACUGCACCCGUCGUGGGCUCUUCCGGAGGGGUAUAUGCUCUUGUUUCUGCCCAUCUGGCCAACAUCGUCAUGAACUGGUCAGGCAUGAAGUGUCAGUUCAAGCUGCUGCGGAUGGCUGUGGCCUUGAUCUGUAUGAGCAUGGAGUUCGGGCGGGCUGUGUGGCUCCGAUUCCACCCAUCGGCUUAUCCCCCGUGUCCUCACCCCAGCUUCGUGGCACACUUGGGUGGUGUGGCUGUGGGCAUCACUCUGGGUGUGGUGGUCCUGAGGAACUACGAGCAGAGGCUGCAGGACCAGUCGCUGUGGUGGAUUUUUGUGGCCAUGUACACCAUCUUCGUGCUGUUCGCUGUCUUCUGGAACAUCUUUGCCUAUACCCUUCUGGACUUGAAGCUGCCUCCACCUCCCUAAGGGGCUGAAGGACAAGGUGGGGAGGGGAGGGAGAAGCAGCAUCCAGAGGGGGCACCUGCGUUGUUUCUCAUCGCCAGCUUUAUGAGCCAGGGAGGGGAGGUUGGAGACUCUGGGCCAUGCUGACAUUGGUGUUUAGAUUUGGGCAGACGGUGGAUAGAGGCUCUUUCUGAAAGGCACUUGUGGAGGAGCCAGAUAUGGCUUCUGUGACUUUUCUCGGCUGUUCUGAUAUGAUGGAGCCAGUCUGAAGGCUGGGGGAGGGUGAGAGUGGCCAUCCCCAUGGGCUGGGCUUGUUCCAUCUGGUUCCGUGGGCUCCCCUGUCCCUGCCACAGACUGAGCAGCAGCUUCUCCAUCCUCCACCUGGAGACCUGAGAGACAUAAGGAAGGUGCGAGGGUCAUUGAGGGCAGGCAGGCCCUCCCCAGCCCAGGGACCAGGCGGUGUUUCUGCCACAGCUUGGGGUCUAGGGCUCUGGGGUGAGAGGAGGGCCUGGUGGGGGAGCCCAGGGUGACCUCCUAGGCCUCCCAGUGAGCACUGGGGCACAGCUUCUCAAGCCUGCACUGGGAAGAACAGGGAGAUACUAUAGGCUCCAGGUCCCAGGCCUGAGGCACCUCUCUUGCCCUAAAGGACGAAUGACAGAAACCUAAGCUGGGGGAAUAAACUUCAUCCAAUUUCCACCCUGGCAAAGGCACAGGACCAACUUUAGACUUCUCCCACCCUUUCAUCCAGAAUGCUGACAUCUCACACCAACACGCCAGCCUCCAUGCCCUGCUUUGACUGCCGGGUCUUUUCUGUACUUUCCACUGCCCUGAACCUACUUUCUGCCUCUUUUGGGAAUGGAGACAGUGUUUUGGGGUGUGUGUGUGCACGUGCACACGCGUGUGUGAUAGGAAAGACAAUGUGAAGCUGGUAGAGCCUACAGAGGAGCCUGUGGAGAAGUGGGCAUGUGGGUCAUCUGUAAGAGGAGAGAAGGUAUCAGGAAGGAAAGCCGUGGUAUGCUGUGACAUAGUUGCUGAGUGUCCUUGGUUUUAGCAAAGCUUGCCCCCUUUUUCCUGUCAUCUGUCUCUUCUGGAUGCCUUCCUGAGCAUCACUGACGAGCAGGAAAAAUGGUCCAUGCUGGAGGGAGACCUCAGGCCCUACCAGGGACCCCUGGGAGGUUGAAAGGAAACUUGUAGCCACAUUCUGCUUCUAUUUUUUUUUUUUCUGAGAUGCCUUUCCUUUUCAAUUAUGUCCCCUUUUGCCUCCCUUAGAAAAAACCUUCUGGGAUGCAAGAGAAGCUGGGGCAGGAAUAUUGAGGCUAUGUGUCCAUUUGAGUUGGUAAGGUGGCAGGAAGUUAUAGCAAAAGGAAUUCUAGUUUAGGUGGAAAACUUUGCUCCCCAUGAGAAUCUUUGGGGACUUGGAUGAGUGUCAAGGUGAAGAUAACUUGUACAUAAACUCAGAUGCUUAGAGUUGGGAAAGAACUUGGAGGUUUUCAAGUCCCCCCUUACCCCCAUUUCCCAGUGGGAGAAUGAGAUUGAGAGUAUGACCUCCCUCCACCUACAUCCCAGGACAGGAGUCUGGAGGGAAGCCCUGUCCCCAAGCAGGGCACCAGCUGCCUCUGGCCCCUCCAGGGAUGGCACCACCCAGAAUUGUACCAGCAGGAGCUGCUGCAAGCCCCCAGUGGGUAUGAGGUGCCUGACCUUUGAUAAAAUGUCAAUCCCUUCAUACUGCUUCCAGAACUCUCAAGCCCUGACAACCUAGAAGGACAAAGAGCCCCAGGCCUGGGAGGCAGAGGGGCUGGAGUCAUGCAGGAGCAAGGGCAGGAGUAUGAUAACUGCCUCUCCCCAGCCUUGUGCCCAACAGAGCCCUUGUGUGUGGAGAGGUUGAGGGUUAUCCAUGCCAAGCAUUUGGGGGUCUUGGGCCACUGUAGUUUCCUGUCCCAAUGAUUACGUGGAAAUGGGCAAGGUCUUUCCACACAGGGACACACCCAGUCACUGAAGUCUAGCCUCAUGUUUGCCCAGCACUAGCUAGAUGGUUUCUGUUCCCCACAUGGGGCUCCUAAGGUUCUGCUGCACUUGUGCCAAUGCCAUGCUGUGGUCUGUCAGCCUGAGGCAUUGUAGCCUACGUCUUUGGCUCUGACUUGCAUCAGCCUGGAACCUCUUGUCUGCCCUGCCUGAUGUUCUCUCCCCUAGUGAGAGUGAUAUGUAGGUGGAAGAAUCAGCUUCUUCAGAGAGGACCCUGAGGGCCCAGAAGGGAGGCUGAGAAGAGAAGACCUAGUGAGGAUGGAGCAGGAACUGAACUUUGUUGCCUGAGCCAUGCCAUCCCCCACUGGAGGGACAGAGGCAAUUAGAAAGGGGUGAGAAGGCAAUGGAAGGCUCUAGAAAGCCCUCAGAGAAGCACCAGUUCCUUCAAGCCUCCAGAUGAAAGCUUUUUACUGGAAGGGCCACCUGAGGCAGGAUCCUCCACACUUGGGGGGAGUCUAAUCCACACCUCAGGCCACCAGCUCCAAGUUGCUGUCUGUCAGCACACCCACCUCCACCACCUUCUGUCAGCCAUCGCUCCCAGGCAGGGACAUAGAGUAGAGACACUAGGGCCAUUUCACAGGACCCUGAAAGUUUCACUUUUUGACAUCCGGCCUUCUCAGCAGAUCCUCUUGCUCCUGGUUCCUCCCCCGCCAGCAGCACUUGUCCAGCUCUAGCCUUCUGCCUUCCCUCCCACCUCCCUCUCCAAUGUGGCUGCCAGCCAGGAUGCUGGGAAGCAGAGGCUGGUAUCACUCUUCAGGCUGGUGGGGAUAGGUCAGCCUUUCAAGACACAGAAAUUCAAGACACAGAUAUUGAAAGCCUGGGAAUCCCCACACAUCAGCAAUAGACUUGUUUGCUUGUUAAACAGGAGAGGAACUGCAGAAACUGAGGAAAGGAAAACAGGCCUUCAAAGGAGAAAUUUUGUUUUAAUGACACCAUUCAUCCGUUUUUUUAAUUAGGAAAAGCUCCCUAAUGAGGCUCUUUUGCCAGCUAAUGGGACUCUCAAUUUCCAUGAGAGCCAUUCUUGCUCAGAGCAUUAAGUGAGCCAUUGCCGACCAAACCUAGAUCUUCCUCCAGCGUCCAGUUCAAUGUGCAGAUAACGCAGAUUGCCAGGUGCAGUGGAAGCCCUUUCUGACAUCCUUCCUGUUGUGCCCAGGACUCACUGCAAAGCACUAAUUCUCCUCUGCCUUAAAAAUGGCGCCCAACAACAAACGGCCCCUCCAAGGACCUUAAUAAGUGGGGGAAAAAAAGAACAGAAGAAGAAAACACAAGCCACAGUGUUGGUUUCUAAAUAUUUUUGUAUUGUGUACAUUCUGUAUAUUUUUGUUGUAACAUAUUAUUUGAACAAGGAUUCCAUUAAAGAUUUUUUUUUUAAACCAG